GCCACCGUUCGAGAGUGAUCAGUCGUCGCCGGCACACCCCACGGACACACGCCUCCACCAUGGACAACGAAACGCAGAGCCUCGAAGCCAUCAUCAACAACAACCUAAGCGGCCGGGACCUCGAAGAGUUCAACAGAAUCUACUACGGCAGAAAGGACAACUACGAAAUUAAAUUCAAGGACUCCUCCAUUGCCGCUGCUAAGGAUGGAGACUUCGAAAUCGCUGCUUACGCUUUCCCCGCCAAGAAGGAGCAAACCAGGCCACCUAGGAUUGUCAAAGUAGGAAUUAUUCAGCACUCCAUCGCCGUGCCCACCGACCGCCCAAUCAAUGAACAGAAGAAAGCUAUCUUCGAGAAAGUGAAGAAGAUCAUCGAUGUCGCCGGCCAGGAAGGCGUCAACAUCAUCUGCUUCCAAGAGCUAUGGAACAUGCCGUUCGCCUUCUGCACCAGGGAGAAGCAGCCGUGGUGCGAAUUCGCUGAAUCAGCAGAAGAAGGCCCCACGACCAGAUUCCUGAAAGAAUUAGCGGUGAAGUACGCCAUGGUAAUCGUAUCUUCAAUUUUGGAAAGGGACGAGAAUCACGCUGAGAUUCUGUGGAACACAGCGGUGGUAAUUAGCGACACUGGCAACGUGAUUGGCAAGCACCGCAAGAACCACAUCCCUAGGGUGGGAGAUUUCAAUGAAUCUAACUACUACAUGGAGGGGAACACUGGUCACCCAGUCUUUGCAACUCGUUACGGAAAGAUUGCUGUAAAUAUUUGCUUCGGGCGUCACCACGUCUUGAACUGGAUGAUGUUUGGCCAGAACGGAGCUGAGAUCGUGUUCAAUCCGUCGGCGACUAUCGCUGCUGAGGCUGGCAGUGAGUAUAUGUGGAAUAUUGAGGCUAGGAAUGCUGCUAUCACUAACUGCUACUUCACUGCUGCGAUCAACCGGGUGGGGUACGAGGAGUUCCCGAAUGAAUUUACUUCUGCUGACGGAAAGCCGGCGCAUAAGGACCUGGGUCUGUUUUAUGGCUCGAGCUACUUCACCGGUCCUGAUGGCGUGAGGUGCCCUGGUCUCUCGAGGACAAGAGAUGGUCUACUCAUCGGAGUGCUGGAUUUGAACGCCAAUAGGCAGAUUAAGGACCGCCGCUGCUACUACAUGACGCAGCGCUUGGACAUGUAUGUAGACAGCCUCAAGAAGGUCCUGGAUCUGGACUUCAAGCCUCAGGUGGUCCACGAAACCGACAAGAAAGAUAAAUUUUAAAGAUUAACAUUAAAUACGACUGAUGGAAAACAUUGAUUUGUACGCUUUAAAUCUUAAGUUAGUUUAAAGACUGUAAAAUUAAGAAAAACUCACAAUAAUUUUGUUAGUGGUGCCUUAUUUUGUUAAUUUCACUUCUAACAAUUUAUGAAAAAUAAACAUUUUUAAAAUUUAAAA